ACGUUGUUAAAAUCUGGACGCAAACGCACUACGAGACAACCUCUAAGAUAUUCACAGAGAGACAAUCAUCUGAGCCAGUCAAUAUACGUAGUCGGUAUUCCAUUCCACACAACCACUGUCUCUCUCUCUCACUGCGAAAGAAGAAAAAGAAAGAAAAUGGAGAAAACCCAAGAGAUUGAAGCUGACAAUGGAGAAGUUAAAGUAGAAACGAAGGCCUUAAAUGACGGUUCCCUUUGUGGGUAUGACUCGCUUCACUCUCUGCUAAGCGCAAAUCUCAAGCCUGAACUCUUCCAGGAAGUCAGCCGUGUGCUUCUGGGGCUUAACUGUGGGAGGGCAAAUGAUAACAUAGCUCUCCCAGAAUCUGCUUAUGCUGUCUCUUCAGAAUGUGAUUUUGACCUCAAGGCUUUCUGCUUUCACGCUGACAAAGAAUUAUUGAGAGCACCUCGAAUAGUGAGGGUUGGUCUUAUUCAGAACUCUAUAGCUCUUCCAACAACUGCGUCCUUUCUGGACCAAAAGAGGGCUAUCUAUCAGAAACUAAAGCCAAUCAUUGAGGCUGCCGGUGCUUUAGGAGUCAAUAUAUUAUGCCUGCAGGAAGCAUGGAUGAUGCCAUUUGCCUUUUGUACACGGGAGAAGAGGUGGUGCGAAUUUGCAGAGCCUGUUGAUGGGGAAUCUACACAAUUUCUUCAGGAUUUUGCACUGAAAUAUAAUAUGGUCAUUAUAAGUCCAAUUCUUGAGAGGGAUGUCAAUCAUGGAGAGACUAUUUGGAACACUGCUGUUAUAAUUGGAAAUCAUGGCAACAUAGUUGGCAAGCAUCGGAAGAAUCAUAUACCAAGAGUUGGUGACUUCAAUGAGAGCACAUAUUAUAUAGAAGGCAACACUGGGCAUCCUGUUUUUGAGACAGACUAUGGAAAGAUCGCUGUUAAUAUAUGUUAUGGGAGGCACCAUCCUUUGAAUUGGUUAGCUUUUGGCUUGAAUGGUGCAGAGAUUGUUUUCAACCCUUCUGCUACUGUUGGUGAACUCAGUGAACCAAUGUGGCCCAUUGAGGCCCGUAAUGCUGCAAUAGCAAACAGUUACUUUGUUGGGUCAAUCAACCGUGUUGGGACUGAGACAUUCCCCAAUCCAUUCACUUCAGGUGAUGGAAAGCCACAACAUGCAGAUUUUGGGCAUUUCUAUGGAUCCAGUCAUUUUUCAGCCCCAGAUGCUUCUUGUACUCCUUCUCUUUCUCGUAACAGGGAUGGGUUGCUGAUCACAGACAUGGAUCUUAACCUCUGUAGGCAGCUGAAAGACAAGUGGGGGUUCCGUAUGACUGCCCGGUAUGAGUUGUAUGCAGAGUUGCUUGCUCAUUAUUUGAAGCCAGAUUUUGAGCCCCAAGUCAUUUCUGAUCCUUUGUUACACAAGAAGUCUUUGUGCAUAGCAGGCACUAGUAAGAGUUAAAUCUGAAAAGAAAUAAAACAGAGUUGGAAUGUUUUCUCAAGUUAUCAGUAAAAAUAAAUCACUUCACUGUUUAUGUUUGUAAAUAUAUACUCAUUAUUUAUGUCAUGGUAUUAAGAACAAGAGAAAAAAAAAUGACAACAAACUUUCUGUAAAAUGAUAAAUGUUGAGCAGUAAGCACACUUGUUUUUCUGAA